AUGACUUAUAAUAUUUAUAGAAAUAAGAUACAUUAUAUUUAUAUUGAUAUCGGUUGUUUUAAUGGUGAAGCAAUUGAACAUUUUAUUUAUUUUACUCCACAAAGUAUAUUAUAUGAUAUAAUUACAUUUGAACCUGAUCCAAUUAAUUAUCAAUUAUGUAAACAAAAAUUAUCACAAGCAAAAUAUCGAGAUUAUAAUAUAUUUAUUAUUCCUAAAGUUGUUUGGAUAUAUAAUGGAAAAAUUUCUUAUCAAAUUAAUCGAGGACAAAAAAGUGGAAUAUAUAAUAAUAAAACUGAAGAUACGCAAAGUGUAGUCGAAUUAGAUGCUAUCGAUUUUUCAUCAUGGCUUUCCAAUUUAGUUACUUUAAAUAAUACAAAAGUGCAUAUUAGAUUAACUAUGCCUGGUUUUGAAACAAGAUUUCUUCGAAAAUUAGUUGUUGAUAAUACAUUAUUAUUAGCUAAUAGAUGGGAUGUUGAAUGGUCAUCUAGAUCAGAUCCUUCUGUAUAUCCAGAGCAUGUUUAUCUUCACUUAAUGUUUGAUUCGUUUGGUUUCACUUGUAUUGGUUUUACACACUUACAAAAUAUACGAAAAAUAUUCAAAAUGAAGCAACCAUAUGCUAAUGUUACAAUAUAUUAUAAUUUAAGUCAAUUACCUCAGACUGAUACCUACUCUCAUUAUGUUCAACGACCUGAUAUCGGUGAAUCACCACGUACACUCAAACCUGUAGUAAAAUUAAAGACAAUUUGA